GGUAUUGAUCUAUAACAGAUACCACCCCUGUCUCGCUCCCUCCCUUUCACUCACUCACUCACUCACUAACACGCAUCUGCCGUUCAGCUCAUCAUAGUUUCAGAGGUGAACUGCGUGUGAGCGCGCGCUCUUCUCGUCAAAUUGCAAAAGUAACCACAAGGAGAAGUAUUACGGAGAGUUUCAAGCUCUCAAAAUAAAAACGCGUGAGCUACGCAAUAAUUGUUUUUUUGUGGAGGAGCUGCAGCAGCAGCAGCAGUAGUAGUAGUAUUAACAAAAGCUAGAAGAUAUAACAUAAUUUUACUGAUUGGCCGUUGGCUACGUGUUGUGGAUAUGCUUCUCGGCUUCUUGUGAGACCAGAUCGUCUUCACUUCACGCCGUUUGCUUUUUUCUUUAAGUCUGUCAAAGGAAAUUUGACAAGCAGGAGUACGCGAUGAACAGAAUAGGGCUUCUGCUGUGUUACUUUUUGGUGGAAUGUAUGGCUUUGAUGUGCAAGGCGCAGGGUAAAUCCGGGCAGAAUUUGGGGAGUAUUGUGAUGGUUUCGGGGUCGAACGGGUCUAAAGACGGGGCUAACAGCGUUUCAGACCCUCCACCCUCAGCAGACAGGUGUCGGGGUUACUUUGAUGUAAUGGGGCAUUGGGACCCCCCGUUUAACUGCAGCGCAGGUACUUACCUGUAUUGCUGCGGGACCUGUGGAUUUAGAUUCUGCUGCCAAUUCAGGCAGAGCAGGCUGGAUCAAAGCACCUGCACCAACUACGAUACCCCGGUUUGGCUUAUGACCGGCAAGCCCCCUUCAAAGAAAAACGAUCCCACGCACGACCCCACAAAGGAUAAAACUAACCUGAUUGUCUAUAUCAUUUGUGGAAUAGUCGCAAUCAUGGUCUUGGUUGGGAUUUUCACUAAACUGGGUCUGGAAAAAGCACACAGACCUCAAAGAGAAAACAUGUCCAGAGCCCUAGCAGAUGUGAUGCGCCCGCAAGGUCCUUGCACGGGAGAACAUCUGGAGCGAGAUGGCAAUCUCGGGGCUCACAUACAGCACUACGAGAACAUGCAGUCCAGAUCCUCCGCCAACAAUCUGCACACCUCCCAGAUGAACAACAUGGUCCCCACCAUGUCCCACCCGCACUCCUACCCGGUCCUGAGCCAGCUGACCAACCCCUACGAGCAGCAGCCGCCCGCUAAGCUCAACAAGUAUGCCUCGCUCAAGGCAGUAGCAGAGCAGGCCAACAAUGACUUCUACUCAAAGCGGCGGCACCUGGCGGAGUUGGCAGCUAAGGGCACCUUGCCACUACACCCAACCCGCAUGGAGCACGAGGAGAGCAACCCGUACAACACCGACCUGACCGCCGUCAAACAGAACGGCCACAAGAACAAAAUCAGCAAGACGCACACGCACCCGCUGGCCUUCAGCUCCAACACGAUGAAGGGCUGGGACCCCAAUGAUGACUCCAGCCGCCGGCACACCUACAGCAACAAGAAGCACUGCACAGUGGAGCAGGUCAACGAGCUACACAGCAGCCGCAGCCAGCAUUUCCUGCCCCCGCAGCCUUACUUUGUAACCAACAGCAAAACGGAGGUGACUGUGUGAACCCACCUUAGCAGAGAGAAAGAAGGAGAGAGAGAGCAGUAGAGAGAAAGAGGGACCCUCGGGAGGGAGGGUGGAAUGGGUGUUGGGACUUUGGGUUUAUGGUUUGUAGCUUGGCCCUAGUGUGCAGUGGUGAUGAACAAGAAUAGCCACGUAAAAAGUUUUCAACACAGACCCACAGGCAAGCGAGCGUGUGUGUCCUAUGUGUGCAUGCAUGCUGCAAAUGUACAAAGUCCAUCAAGCAUGGAUGACCCAAAACAGAGCAAUACCUUAAUACAAAAACUGAACAUCAUCAAAAAAUAUGAGAAAAAAAAUGGAGCUUAGAACUUGGAAAGCUAAUUAUUUUUUGCUUCCACUGUAGUGUAUAUAUAAUAUAUAAUGUACACUACAGUGGAAUGUACCUGAAUCCACAACUGUGAUACAACUAGCAGCAUACGAAACUAUGAGAUGUGAAAAUAAAAGAAGGGAGGUGACGAGAGAAAGAGCAUUUGGAUUUGUUCCCUGAAGGGCAGUUGGACCCUAUAUCAGCUCUCUACAGCGAUAGCUUGACAAUAAAAUGUGUUCAUGGCAGGUAUACCUCAGCCAGUAACUGACAAGAGAGGCGGUCUACCACAUGUACAAAAAUGCAGUGCAGUGUUGUUGAA